AUGACUACCUUACUUGAUCAGUCAAGUAAAAUCAAAAACUUGUUUAUUUGCUGCCUGUGCCCCCCGCGGGUGCUGAGGCUCUGGACUUGCAGGCGCCCAAGGACGAGGAGGAAUCUGCUAGUGGGCACUGCGUGUGUGAUCUACCUGGGGUUUCUCGUCAGUCAAGUGGGUCAUGUUUUACCGCAGCACAGAGGAGGACACCAAAAGAUCAGUUCCAGAAGUCUCCAAGAUGCAGCCCAAACUCCUUUUCUGGGCAUCCCACUGGAUGGCACCCUGUCACUACCCAAUUUCCAGGAACCCCAGCUUGGUAGCAAUGGGACCUUGCUGCCACCCAAUGUAGUUUAUAUCACCCUGCGGUCCAAGCGCAGCAAGCCUGCCAAUAUCAGAGGCACAGUGAAACCGAAGCGCAGGAAGAAACAUGCAACCCCUUUGUCCUAUGGGCAGCACUUUCCAAAAGCUGCUUUUAUAGGCCAGGAAGAGGCCUUUGCCCAACAGCCAGGGAGGGCCACACAUGCCGCCGGUGCAACGGGAGCAGCAAUAGCUCUGGAGGCGAGAAAACACCGACUGGAUGAACACAGGCAUAAAGGAAUGGCAAUCAGGGAGAGGGGUCACCGCAGACCUGGAGGGAUUUCUGGGGCUAUAAAGUCACAGCCCCAGCCUGAGGAAAGCAAUAUCAGGAUUUACAGUGAGAGCUCACCCUCUUGGCUGAGCAAAGAAGACAUCCUGAACAUGCGCAUGCUGGCAGAUUCUCAGAUAGAGAGCAUCCAAGAAGUACCUUCUCACAAAGCAGUCCUGGUAGUAUUUGGGAGGGGUACCAGCACCACAAGAACUGCUUGUAACCAGGGGCACUGUGGCAUCAUGAAAAGACCCCUCGACAUGAGCGAGGUGUUUGCCUUUCAUUUGGAUAGGAUUUUGGGGCUCAACAGGAGCUUACCUUCUGUAAGCAGGAGAUCAGAGUUCUUCCAAGAUGGUCAAGCCUGUCCUGUUAUUCUCUGGGAUUCCUCACUGAGUCCAACAGAUAAUAAUACCCAUUCUUCAGUGAGAUUAACCUGGGGGAGAUAUCAGCAGCUAUUGAAGCAGAAAUGCUGGCAGAAUGGCAAAGUUCCCAAAGCUGAGUGGGGUUGUACAGAAAUCCAUCAUCAUGAGUGGUCCAAGAUGGCACUCUUGGAUUUUCUUCUGCAGGUAAAACAUCUACUAAAUGCAGCUGUCUGCCUCAGAAUUUACAUGAGGACACAUGGGACUCCUAGAAAA